AUGGUAUCUUUUGUAGGUGUUUUGGUUUAUGUGAACAAUGUGGAGCGUGGUCAGCCGGAAGUUUACGUAGUGCUGGAAGAGGCACAAAUUGGAAUUCGAAUCCGCGAAUCGUAUGCGGUCGAUAUCGAUCGUCUGCCGAUGUACCAAGAAAGUAUGGGCAUGCUCGAUGUAACUCUUAGUGUGCCUCCUCAAUAUGGUGUGGUAUGUAGCUUGAUGAAUUUACUCUUGUCUUCAACGAGCUCUUCAUCUUUCGAGAUAACAUGCAGAAAAUGA